AUGGGUAAGGUGCUAGAUUGGAAAGACCAGCCCAGAAGCAGAUACCUGUCUAUCUUAGAAGGGGAGGAAGCCAGAUGGGGAACCCACCCAAAGCAGAUACCUGGGCAGCAACUUCCACAGGUUCUCGUGUUCUCUGUCCACAGUCUGCAACUUCCACAGGUUCUUUGUGUUCUCUGUCCCCAGGCUUCAACUUCCACAGGUUCUUGGUGUUUUCUUUAUCCUGGCAGCAACUUCCACGGAUCCAUCGGGCACUCUGUCGCCAGGCAGCAACUUCUACUAAUCAACACACCAUCCGACCAACUUGCUCAUGCCAACGAGCUACACCAGGCAAGGGCGGGAAUCGAACUCACGACCAUGUGCACCGUAGGCAGAUGCUUUAACCACUUGGCUACCCGGAAGGUCUCCUUUACCAUGGGUUCUAGGGUGAGUAUUGACUUUGUUAGGCAGAAGAUCGCCUGCUGGCACAAAGAGACAUUCGGUUGUAUUAGUCACCUGGAGGCUGGGUGA